CGGAUUUUCGAUAGUGCGAGAGGCUUCCUGCAAUUAGCAAAUCCUUCCACUGCGAGACACGAGCAGCGACACGAGCGCAAGCAGGUGGGGGGCAUCUCGUCGGGGCCGCUAGGCAGGAACAACGAGCCAGCGAAUUUGCUUGUCGGUCGGAAUUCCUGUCGACAGCAGCAGAAGAGACUGCUGCGUUCUGGCCCGGCGCCGUGACGUUGCAGAACCGCGACGGUGCGCCUUGAUGGUCGGAUGAGUGUGUGGAGUUUAAAAGAGAGAGGCAGUUAGGACUUGCGGAUCGUCUUUCCACGUUUUCGAAGCUCGAUUCUCUUCUCGAAGCUGGGACUUGGGAGCUGGGAGCUGGGAGCUGUUGUUGGCGGGGAGCUGGAUGGAGUCGGAGGGCAGGAAAUCGAAGUUUCGUUAUUUUGAUGAAGAAUUUUUUCGGGCAUUGGAGACAUCUGCAAUGGAGAAUACUCUCCCCGACCACCUGCAAGGGCAGAGACAACUCCGCCAUAGUAGUGGAAGCGACAUGUCCGAUUCAAGCUACCAAAGCUACCAACUUUCUGAGGGAUUUCCAGGAACCAGGCAGUCAUCAAUAAAUACAGAGCCUUUGACACUAGACGCAGAGGAAAUAGGAAACGCCAAAGGCGAAGCAAAACACGUUUUGGAGAAUGUUGAUCCAGAAGAAGCUAUUGAUAUAUUUACAAAGGACUUGCAGAUACAGAAUGGAAUAGCUUCCACUGAAGAAGAUAUGGCGAAGAACAUGGCGAAUGAGUUUGAAACGUUGAUGCAGAAGGCCUCCAAAAUCGUGGAGGCGAACAAGAAGCAAGCGAAAGCUACCGCUAAAAUCCCGGGAGCUCCAAGCGAGUCUAGUCCAGGGAGCUCCAAGCGAGCCUAGUCCAGGGGAAAGCAAAGGUUAGGGAAAACAUUUCAACAGUGUAGAGUAGACAACUUGUAGAUUUGUAGAUAGAUUUGAGACAUUGGAGAGUACGCAGAGGCGAAGCCCCUUGUUAUCUCUCUAAUCAUACACAGAAACUCGUUAUAGUAGAGUGACGAACUCUUAACCGGAUCAAAUCUUCUUGCACAUGGUACAUCUUCUUGCACAUGGUAAAGUUUGCAAACGACAGUAGUGCUUAUACUGUAAUGAUGAGUUGAGACCUCUA